CUUCCCACGCCCCAGUGCGCUGUGGGAUAGUGGCACUAUAAAGUAUAUCCUCUCUCGGAGAGAAAAGAUAAGAAGCCCGAGCCCAGGAGGGGGAUGAAGAUGGCGGACGCCAAGCAGAAGAGGAACGAGCAGCUGAAGCGGUGGCUGGGCUCGGAGACGGACCAGGAGCCGCCCGUGCUGAAGAAGAAGAAGACGAAGGUGAAGUUCGACGAUGGCGCCGUGUUCCUGGCCGCCUGCUCCAGCGGCGACACCGAGGAGGUGCUGCGCAUGCUGGACCGGGGCGCCGACAUCAACUACGCCAAUGUGGACGGUCUCACCGCCCUCCACCAGGCAUGUAUAGAUGAUAACGUUGACAUGGUGACUUUCCUAGUGGAGCAUGGAGCCAGCGUCAACCAGCCUGACAACGAAGGCUGGAUCCCUCUCCAUGCUGCAGCUUCUUGUGGAUAUCUAGACAUUGCAGAGUAUCUCAUCACCCAAGGCGCCAGUGUCGGCGUUGUGAACAGUGAGGGUGAAACGCCUCUGGAUAUUGCUGAAGAGGAAGCCAUGGAGGAGCUUCUGCAAAAUGAGAUCAACAGACAAGGGGUGGAUAUCGAAGCCGCCCGAAAAGAGGAGGAGCGCAUCAUGCUCAGAGAUGCCCGGCAAUGGGUCAACAGCGGCCAGAUCCAAGAUGUCCGGCACGCCAAAUCUGGAGGAACGGCGCUCCAUGUAUCUGCUGCAAAAGGAUAUGUGGAGGUUUUAAAGCUUUUAAUCCAAGCAGGGUAUGAUGUAAAUAUUAAGGACUACGAUGGCUGGACUCCUCUACAUGCAGCAGCACAUUGGGGUAAGGAGGAGGCCUGUAGGAUACUGGUGGAGAACCUGUGUGACAUGGACCUCAUUAAUAAAAUGGGCCAGACUGCUUUUGAUGUAGCAGAUGAAGAUGUUCUGGGAUACUUGGAAGAAUUACAAAAGAAACAAAAUCUGCUGAUGAGUGAGAAGAAGGAUGUUAAGAAGUCUCCUUUGAUCGAAACGACCACUACAGGCGAUAACAACCAAUCACUGAAACCACUCAAGAGCAAAGAAACGCUGCUUCUGGAGCCCGAGAAAACCGCUCCCCGCAUCGAGGCGUUGGAGCCAGAGAAAGUGGAUGAAGAGGAAGAGGGAAAGAAGGAUGAAUCGAGCUGCUCCAGUGAAGAAGAGGAGGAAGAGGAUUCGGAGUCGGAGACUGAAGCAGACAAAAACAAGCAGCCUGCAGCGGUGAGCAACAGCACGACGCCCACCCCUGCGAGCAUCUCCGUGUCGUCUCCAGCUAGCCCAACUAACCAGGUGACGACUCCUCCUUCACCCGUUAAGAAGUUUGAUUAUAUUACUCCCCUCAUGCCUGUGGCGGAGCCAGGCUGUCCUGCAUUGUGGCGUCAAGGUUUGCGCAAAACUGGCAUUUCUCUUGUGCCCAAAAAACCUAUGGUCGCCCAGCCUGCUGGAAAGAUCUCCAGUAAAGUAGUGGAGGAGGAGAGGAAGGAUGAGUCUCCAGCGUCGUGGCGUCUGGGUUUGAGGAAGACCGGCAGCUACGGGGCCCUGGCAGAGAUCACGGCCACCAAGGAGGCUCAGAAGGAGAAAGACACCACAGGGGUGAUGCGCUCAGCAUCAAGCCCUCGUCUCUCCUCAUCCUUGGACAAUAAAGAAAAAGAGAAGGAAAAGGACAAAGGCACCCGGCUCGCUUAUGUAGCACCAACCAUCCCAAGUAGGAGACUGGCCAGUACUUCAGACAUAGACGAGAAGGAAAACAGGGACUCUACUGCUCUGAUACGUAGCGGGUCUUACACCCGACGACGCUGGGACGACGACCUGAAGAACAGCGAAGGAAGCGCCUCCACCAACCGAACCUCCAGCUACCAGCGCAGCACGUCCCAUACGCUAGCGCUAGGGCGGAGUGGCAGCACGCGGGACGUGCCAGCCAAGUCUUCGUCAACCUCAAGCUUGGACCCUAACACCUAUAAUACUAAACCCUGGCAGCCACCCACCUCCCACUACCAGUCUUACAGCAUUUACCGCAGCGGCUCUUUUGGCAGAAGACAUGAGGACUUGAGCUCCUCAACCACCACCUCUUCCACAAGCACCACCACCUCUUCAACUGUUACCUCGCCCACAGGCCACCGCGGCCUGCUCUCCAGCCUGGGCUCCUCCUCCACUCGAACUGGUCUCACCAGCAGGUACUGGUCAGAGGAGAGUGCGGAGAGGGACAAGGAGAAGGAGUCUGCUGCAGUCAUCCCCACUAUAAACACUGGCUCUACGACCACCACAUCCACCGGCGUACCUUCCUCCACCGCUGGCACCGGGACCGGCCCCGAGCGACGCAGGUCGUACCUGACACCUGUGCGAGACGAGGAGUCAGAGUCUCAGAGGAAAGCUCGAUCCAGACAGGCUCGACAGUCGAGGAGGUCCACCCAGGGCGUCACACUGACCGACUUGCAAGAGGCUGAGAAAACAAUUAGCAGGAGUCGUACAACGAAGACCCGGGAGGAGGAGAAGGAGGAGAAAGAGAAGCAGGACAAGGAGAAGCAAGAGGAGAAAAAGGAGACUGAGACAAAAGAGGACGAUUAUCGGUCGAAGUACCGCAGCUUCGAAGAGCGUUACAGGCCUUCAUCUUCCUCCUCCUCCAUUUCCACGCUCGGCACUGCCUCCACAACCGCCUACUCGAGCACAUCGUCAUCUUCCAGCUUCCUCAACAGGCCCAACAGCCUGACUGGGAUCACCUCCUCUUACAGCCGGUCCUCCAGAGAUACAGAAAAAGAAGCGGACAAAAAGGAGGAAGAGAAGGAGGGAGAAGACAAAUCUCAGCCCCGCUCCAUACGGGAUCGCAGGCGGCCCCGCGAGAAGAGACGCUCCACCGGCGUCUCCUUCUGGACUCAAGAUGGUGAUGAAAAUGACCCAGACCAGCAGUCUGACUCGGAGGAGGGCAGCACCAAAGGAGAGCCACAGAGCGACAGGUUGUCAAGGAAUGAGAGCUCUUCAUCUUUAGAACGCAACGAUGCUCUUUUAAGCCGCAGCUACGGCGAGAGUCGAAGGCCAUACUCGAGCCGUCUGGACAGAGACGACGCCACUGACUACAAGAAGCUCUACGAGCAGAUCUUGGCUGAAAAUGAAAAGUUGAAGGCCCAGUUACGCGACACGGAUCUGGAGCUGGCGGACCUGAAGCUACAGCUAGAGAAAGCCACGCAGAGGCAGGAACGCUACGCUGACCGAUCACAACUUGAGAUGGAGAAAAGGGAAAGAAGAGCUCUCGAAAGGAAGAUUUCUGAGAUGGAGGAGGAACUUAAGAACCUCCCCCAGGUAAAGCAGGUUCAGGCCCUGCGGCAGGUCAAGGAGCGGCUGCAGGCUGAGAACCGGGCGCUGGCCCGUGUGGUGGCGAAGCUCUCGCAGUCGGCCUGCAGCCAGCUGCCCGCCGUCGACCUCUAAGCCACGUCCGUCUGUCCACCACCAUCUUUUCCUCCUCUUUCCUCCUCUUCACCCCCCCCCCCACUUCUUCUCUUGCUCCAUUCGCGCUCUGCCCCGCAACCAUAGACAGAUGCUCCCAGACUUGAAAGCAGACAACCAGAGACUAAAGGACGAGAACGGAGCCCUCAUUCGAGUCAUUAGCAAGCUUUCCAAGUAGAACAGACCCCCCCGCCCCGUCUUCUGCACCUGCUAGCCCCUCCCUUCCACGGCAGCGACAAAUGGAAUUGCACAUUUAGAUAUUAAUUGCAACAGACAUCAGACGAGACUCCUUCUCUCCUUCUUCUUUUUCUUUCCCCCCCGACUCUCCUGUCUCGGUUAUUUGCUCCUCCACCACCACCACCACCACCGCAGCAUCCAUCCAUCCAUCCAGCCAGCUUUUCUCCUCCACCUCCUCGUGUGGCUGCUGUCCCGAUAGAUCCACUGAGUUUACAGAGCAGAAAUGAGAAAGGGUUGUGUGUUCAGCAUGUGAGAGCAUCGUGGGCGGGGAAGCCUGAAAACUAUUUAACCAAUAAGCCUUAGUUGUACAUAAAGAGAAAAAAGGAAGAAAAAAAAACAAAAAAAACACUUGCAUCGUUCUCUUUUCUCUCUCGGCUUUCACUAAAGAACAAAUAUUAUCCAACACCCGAUUUUAUUUGUGCCACGAUCUCUUAUUUGAUGUUUUUUUUUUCUCCUCUUGUGUAUGUGUUGUGUGCUGUGCAGUUCCCUCCUUCACUCCCUCAAGUGCCACUUCUGCUUGAUAUCAGCCCCGUUUUACCCCCCAGAAGUUCACCGAUGCACGCACACAUACACCUGCCCCCCCCUCCACAUGUUUGUACCUCUGUGCUUCUUCCUCCAAGAGGGAAAAAAAAUAUAAAAAUUCUCGCUUUAGCGAAAUGAGGCGGACCUGGUGGAAUUUAAGCUUUCACUGUAUGUGCAAUAUGCAUUUCUUUUUUUCUUUUUAAAAAAAAAAAUUAUGCUUUAAUGAGUCCAUCACAACUAGGAUUUUUUUUUUCCACUCUUCCACCGCUUCCAUUGCUCACUCUCUUCCCCCUCCCCCCCCCCCCUUUUUUUUUUUAAGUUUGUAGUCGGUUUAUACUCCGUAUUCCUCACUUUUUUGUUUUAGCAGGUACUGAGUGAUGCUGUAUAUACCUGUAUGUAUUUGUUUGAGACCAGCACACGGCAUGCGUUUAUGGUUCCCGUCUGUUACUAUUAAAAGUAUACAAAUUCCAGAAGACAAAAAGGUGUGUUUUAAUUGUUUUUUUUAUUUUAUAGGCUAAAGACAUUGGAUACAGUACAUUAGGGCCUCUCGUGCGCGCGAUGGCCGGCAGUGUUCAGUGCAUUUUUUUUUUCUUCAAUUUAAAAUAAGUGUUCACAUAAUUGAGAUUGAAAGAAUAAUCGCUUCACUACAUUUCACUUUCAUUGUAUUCAGUAUCUUGGAAGAGUGCUGUUAAUUUUGUUUCCCUUUUUCUUUUUUCUUUUUUUUUUUAAAGCUGUAGUAUUAUAGCCAAGGUGUUGUCACUAAAAAAUAUGAUUUUUCUAUAUAUAUAUCUAUCUAGAUAUAUAUAUUAAAAAUCUUAGGUAUUGCUAACCCAGUCCUUUCUACGAUGUCUACAUGCACUGUCGAUGCCAUGUGAGGAGUCUUGAUGUCAGGUUAAAGCAAAACGCCACCGUCAAAAAAUAUUCCAUUCAUCUGACAACAUUUUAUGCAUUUCAGUGGCCUUUUAAGGAUGUUUUAGUGAGAGAAGUUUAGUCACUGCAGGUGGACCAGUGGCCAUCUACUCUGGUUUAGACUUCUUUGUUUUUUUUCUUUAUUUUUUUUUAUUUUUUUUCCCGUCAUCUUGUAAAAUAGGUGUGUGGCUUAAAACAUGCAAGCUGUGCUGUGACUACCAACCACUGAAGAGUUCAUUAAAAAUAAACUUGUACAUUGUGAA